AUGGAUGAUGCCGAGGAUAAGAAUUGGCCUGAAGUAGUCGAGAAACAUUUCAUUGAUAUCUUGUUAGAAGAGGACGCUAAAGGGAAUAUGCCCCAAGGCCAGUUCAAGUCUGGAACUUGGAUAGAAGCUGUGAAUGAGUUUAACAAGCGUGCGUCUAAAAGUUACAGCAAGACACAACUUACACAAAAAUAUCAACAACUGAAACAGAGACACCGCACAUUCUCCCAGCUCAUCGCACGUAUAGGAAUGGGAUGGGACCCCAUUUCAAAUACGGUGACGUCCAGUGAGGAAGCUUGGGCUGCUGCAUUUGCGGUCAAUCAUAAAUUCAAGGAGUUCAAGAAAAAGGGGAUGAGACACUAUGACCUGUUGGGCACGCUUUUCAAUUCAAACACAGCCACGAGUUUCCUCCAAAUUUCAUCUGCCCAACCAGCUCCCAAUAGUGAUGAAGAGAGAGAACUUGAUGCAGCCUUCCUAUAUGAGGGGGUACAUGUCAAUGUCAACACCGAUGGUGUGGAUGACGUGGAGGAGCUGCCCACACCGAGUGAAGCCCAAAGCCGGAGGCAAGCUGAAAAGCGGCUAGUUGAACCAUCUCAUUCAAGCGGAAAAAGGAAGAAAGGGCACUCCCUUGAAUCCAUGACUAAGGCAAUAUGGGGUUUUACUGACAUGAGGAACCGUCGGGGGAAAAAGUCCACCGACACUGGAGACUCUGCUGUGGGGGCUAACCCUGAGUCAAUUACAGCAGCUGUAACUCUUCUGAACCAGCACACUGAUGUGGAUCAUGUCACAUAUUGCAAGGUCGUGCAGGAGCUUCAUAACCCCAAGAGUAGAGCCGCUUUUUUUGCUAUGACGGUUGAUAGAAGAAGGGUCUGGAUUGAGUUUAUUAGGGGUGGAUUACAAUAG